CAUGGACCUCUCCCUCGUCUCCCGCUCAGUGCAGUGGCUCCUCCACGCCGCUGCGACCCACUCCCGCAAUGCCGUCCUCGCCGCCCUCGCCGCAGGCCCCAUCCCCCGCCACAUCGCCUUCGUCAUGGACGGCAACCGGCGGUACGCGCGCUCCCACCACAAACGCGUCCAGGAGGGCCACGCGGACGGCUUCGUUGCUCUGCGGCGCAUACUAGACAUCUGCCUGCGCCUCGACGUCCGUUGUGUGUCUGUGUAUGCGUUCGCCAUCGAGAACUUCAAGCGCACGCCCGAGGAAGUCGAUGCCCUCAUGGCGCUCGCAGAAACCAAGCUCCUCGAGCUCUGCCAACACGGGGAUCUGCUACACGAGUACGGCGUCCGCCUGAACGUCCUCGGCAAGACGAGCCUGCUUCCGCCACACGUACAGGCUGCGAUCCGCAAGGCGGAGGACAUGACCCGGCACAACGACCGCGCGAUCCUCAACCUCUGCAUGCCCUACGCCGCCCGGAACGAGAUCGCCACAGCCGUCGACCGCGCCGUCGAGCACGCGCUCUCCAAAGAGACAGAGCAUGGCUCCCAGCACGAGAUCACGGAAGCCGACAUCGCCGCUCAGCUGAUGACCACCCGUGCAGGCAGUCCGCCGCUCGACCUCCUCGUGCGCACCAGCGGCGUCCGCCGCCUGAGCGACUUCCUCCUCUGGCAGUGCUGCGAGGACACGCAGCUGCAGUUUAGCUCGACGUACUGGCCGGACUUUGGGCUGUGGGACUUUGUGCCGAUCAUCUUGGACUAUCAGCGGAGAGCGUGGUCUGUGCCGGCCGCGUAGGAUGCAUCGUGCCUUAGGACGUUUUUGGACUUUGUAUUGGUAUACUUGCUGUAAUCAAUCGGCUCGCAGAUACAAACCGUAGCCCAGGAUCCCAGUUCAACGUCCUGGCUCUCAUCACCCUGAGUGGAAUACCUUGUCCGUCUGUAGAACACGCACAAGGUUGCAAACAGUAUCCUUUAUGCUACUUUCCAAUUCAGAU